CUAUCCUUUCCCCGUACCUCUUCUUCCUUCUACCUUCCUCUGUGCAAGGGAUUGUCAACCCAGACUUGACCGUCCAGCAUGGCUUCCUACGAGGAUAAGAGCCCUACGGGUGUCCCCGUCCAGGCUGUGCCCGUCCAACCCUCCGAGGACGAGCACCCACGGAUGGGCUGGGGUGAAUACCUGCUCACUCGGAUCCCAACCUUGGUGCCCCCCAUGAACCCUGCCCCCAACCCUUUCAAAGCUCUUGCUCUCCUGACCCGGAAACAAUGGCUCUUCUUCGGCGUCGCCUUCUUCGGCUGGUCGUGGGAUGCCUUCGAUUUCUUCACCGUUUCCUUGACCACCACCCAGCUUGCGGCUGACUUCGACAAGUCGGUCACCGAUAUCACCUGGGGUAUCACUCUCGUGCUCAUGCUCCGGUCCGUGGGUGCCAUCACCUUUGGAAUCGCGUCCGAUCGUUGGGGCCGCAAGUGGCCGUUCAUCGUGAAUAACAUACUUUUUAUUGUGCUGGAGCUGGGAACCGGUUUCUGCCAGACCUACAAACAGUUCCUGGGCUGUCGUGCCCUCUUUGGGAUUGCCAUGGGCGGUCUGUAUGGGAAUGCAGCGGCCACAGCACUCGAGGACUGCCCCAUGGAGGCGCGCGGUAUUGUGUCGGGUCUGCUCCAACAGGGCUAUGCGUUUGGAUACCUGCUGGCCACGGCGUUUGCCCGCGGAUUGGUCGGGACCACUUCGCACGGAUGGAGACCCCUGUACUGGUUCGGGGCUUGCCCUCCGGUCCUGAUCAUCAUCUACCGGCUUUGUCUGCCCGAGACGGACACGUUCCUCCAGCGGCAGGCAACCCGGGCGGAUGUUCGUGGAGGAGUGACUGGGACCUUCUUGUCAGAGGGCAAGACCGCCGUCCGCCGACACUGGCUGCUCCUGAUUUAUCUGGUCUUGCUGAUGGCGGGUUUCAACUUCAUGUCUCAUGGCUCACAAGACCUAUACCCAACCAUGCUGAAGAGCCAAUUCGGGUUCUCUGAGAAUGCCGUCACUGUCACCCAGGUUGUCGCCAAUCUAGGUGCUUUGACGGGUGGCACACUAUGCGGCUGGGCAAGUCAGAUCUUUGGCCGACGAUUCUCCAUCAUUGCGAUCAGCAUUGUGGGAGGCGCUCUGCUCUACCCGUAUACUUUUGUCACCUCCACCAACGUCAUGGCAGCGGCGUUCUUUGAGCAGUUUUGCGUGCAGGGCGCGUGGGGUGUCAUCCCCAUCCAUCUGAUGGAACUGUCUCCGGGAGCCAUUCGCACGUUUGCCGUGGGUACCGCGUACCAGCUGGGCAAUCUCGUGUCUUCGGCCAGCUCGACCAUCGAGUCGACGAUCGGAGAACGCUUUCCCUUGCCCCCCACCGACGCUGGCGCCAUAAGGUACCAGUAUGGCAAGGUGAUUUGCAUUUUCAUGGGUUGUGUGUAUGCCUACACCAUUAUCGUGACCUUUUUAGGCCCCGAGGCACUGGGCCGCCAGUUUGAUGUGGCGCACGAUGCGGACAUGGCGGAGGUGGCCGCCCACCGCGGGACUGCGGAGAGGAGCGAAAGCGACCCGGAGAAGGGCACGGCGCGGACAGUGGAAGGAUGAUCAAUCUAAUCAUAAUAAUUGCUUGGAACGAUUUAUGCAGCCUUUGUGAAGCGAUGAUUUGCUUGUAUUUUGAUAUCACUAGUAGUACGAUGAGC